UCUUGUUUGUUCCAUGCAGAGUGAAGCAGCGGCCGUGAACAAUUAAGACGCAAAUACCGUCACUGUCGCAAUUGAUGAUUAACUAGACUCUGUUAAUUAUUCCGAUUAAUCAAGAUGUCUCACGGUGGUAGAAACGAGUGUAGGAUUUACGUGGGAAAUUUACCACCAGAUAUUCGUACCAAGGACAUCCAGGAUCUUUUCUACAAAUUUGGUAAAGUUACCUUUGUUGACUUGAAAAACCGUAGGGGGCCGCCAUUCGCCUUCGUUGAGUUCGACGACCCAAGGGAUGCCGAGGAUGCAGUACAUGCCAGAGAUGGUUAUGACUAUGAUGGCUAUAGAUUAAGAGUAGAAUUUCCCAGGGGUGGGGGACCAAGUAACAACUUUCGCGGGGGACGUGGUGCCGGAGGUGGUGACAGUGGCGGUAGAGGUGGCAGAGGUGAAAUGAGCAAUUCUAGAGGCCGUGGUCCUCCGGCUCGUCGAUCUCAGUAUAGAGUAUUGGUUACGGGUUUGCCAUCUUCUGGGAGCUGGCAGGAUCUCAAAGACCAUAUGCGCGAAGCGGGUGACGUUUGCUUUGCAGAUGUUUACAAAGAUGGGACUGGUGUCGUUGAGUUUCUACGUUACGAAGACAUGAAGUAUGCGGUUAAAAAACUAGAUGACUCCAGGUUCAGAUCGCAUGAGGGUGAAGUUGCAUACAUUCGUGUCAAAGAAGAUCACAGCAGUGGAGAUCGCGGCCGCAGUGAAGACCGAGAGAGAGGACGUACUCGUUCAAGGAGUUACAGCCCACGUCGUCGUGGUUCUCCUACCUAUUCGCCAUUGCGUCGUAACUACUCGCGGUCACGCUCACGCUCCAGGUCUCGCUCAUACGAUUAGUGUGAUAACAGAUCUUUGUCAGAUGAGACCUCAUGGUAGCCAAAUAUGAGAACAAUGAUUUGGUGAUCAUGAGCAUUGCGAGACAUUGCGCUGACAACCCCACUGCAUCUUAUUACUUAUAACAUGCUGUACACCGCGUCAUCUCCUACCUUAUGUUUAAUACGUUUAUAACUUUUAAUGACAAAACUAUCUGCAACAGACGGAUUUCAAUAUUCAUAAGUCUUUACACUUAUGAAAAUGGAUUGUAAAAAACACAUUUGCCAAACAUAUACGUGGCAAAACCACAUAGUAAUCCUAAAGCGUAUGCAGAAAGAAACACAUAUUCUCAUGCACUAUUAAAACCACCAAUCCAUUUCUAUAAGUCUUUGAUGGAUAACUCAAUCUUGUGCUUAAAAGAUGUAAAUGUGUAAACAAGAUUUUCUAACUGCACACAUAUUUAUAAGCUUUCGCUCUGAGUCGAUGAUGCAAAGAGGCUCUGAAUAUUAUAAAUAUUUUUACCAAUGGGAACAUCUGAAUAUAUUUACAUAUUAUACAUAUUUAAGUAAAAUAUCCAUUCCUUUGAGAAUAUUAUCAAUUGUAUAUACGAGUCAUAGGUCAGAGUUGUAUGCUCAAAUUCAGCAAUGUUCCUUACACAACUCGUCGCAAAACGAUUUCAUACCGAUUGUAUGUUAUCUGAAUCUCGAAGCGAUUUCUUCGAUUGCAACUGAGGAAUAGCAUAUAACGUACUUUCAUUACGUUUUAAAAUAUAUUUGAUUCUAUUACAGAGUUCAUAUAUGUUCAUAAUUUGAAAGAAAUACAAAAAUUCAUUCCUGUUGACGUUACAAUUGCUUAGAGAUUGCAGAAUACGCGUUUGGGGUUUAAAGAUUCGAAUCUGAUCUUGAUUGUCUAUUAUUGUAUCGAGAAACUAAUGUAUUUUUUCUUCUUUUGUAUAUUGGAUUGGAUUGUAACACAAUGAAUGAAAAACUGAGAAACUA